CUUUCCCUCAACAACUUGCGGUCUUUAAAAAGAAUUAUUUUGACGACAAAUUUGACAAAAUCGGACGUCAAUUUCGGGGGAUUGAGAAAUCCAAAAAAAGGGUAAGAAGCAACCGCGUUUGUCAUGUCCAAAGCUAAAAAAGUUGGUGAAAGAAGAUUCAAGAUUGAAUUUUUAUGUUAAAAGCAGAAAAGGGUUUUCUUGUGAAGUGAAAUUGUGUUGACUUUUGACUAUUUUGGAGUCAAAUUGAAGUGGGUUUUGGUUUAAGUUUGCUGGGUUUUGAUAAAGUUUUGAUUUUUGUUUCAUUCAGCUAAAAAAGUUGGUGAAAGAAGAUUCAAGAUUGAAUUUUUAUGUUAAAAGCAGAAAAGGGUUUUCUUGUGAAGUGAAAUUGUGUUGACUUUUGACAAUUUUGGAGUCAAAUUGAAGUGGGUUUUGGUUUAAGUUUGCUGGGUUUUGAUAAAGUUUUGAUCUUUGUUUCAUUUUUUUUUAUCGAAUUUAGCAUUUUUAUUUCAUUCCAAUCAUCAGGGCAAAUUACAUAAGGAUAGCAGGUAGACGAGCAACAAACUGCGCCGCCAUCCCUUUCUGAAUAGAAAACCCUAAUCUACUAAAACAAAGCUUCAAGAUUGGAUCUUUAUGUUAAAAGCAGAAAAGGGUUUUCUUGAGAGGUGAAAUUAAUCAAAUUAUGAUCUUGUGUUGACUAUCUUGGAGUCAAUGAAGUGGGUUUGACUUUUUUUUUUAUGGGUUUUUGAGCAAAUUUGGUGGGAAAAUUGGAUUUUUAUGUUAAGUGGAACAAGGGUUUCUUGAGAAGUGAUUGAAGCUCAAUGGGGAAUACUUGUGUUGGACCAAAUAUUUCGAAAAAUGGAUUUUUUCAAUCGGUUUCAGCUGCAAUGUGGCGAACCCCAUCCGAACCACCUACCCCUAACGGAGAACAAUCGUCAACUCAUUCGAAACAACCCGAAUCACCAUUACCGGUUCAUAACAAGCCGCCUGAACCGAUAACGAUUCCGAAACCCGAAAAGAAACAAGAACAACCCGGGAAGCCCAAAAAGGGUCCGCAAAUGAAACGGGUAUCAAGUGCUGGGCUUCGAACCGAUUCAGUUUUACAACGAAAAACUGGUUCUUUGAAGGAGUUUUUCACUUUGGGGAAGAAAUUAGGUCAAGGGCAAUUUGGUACAACUUUUCUUUGUACGGAAAAGUCAACGGGUCAACAAUACGCUUGCAAAUCGAUUGCAAAACGAAAACUGUUGACCGACGAAGAUGUUGAAGAUGUGAGAAGAGAGAUUCAAAUAAUGCAUCAUUUGGCGGGUCACCCGAAUGUCAUAGCGAUAAAAGGGGCUUAUGAGGAUGCGAUCGCGGUUCAUGUUGUUAUGGAGUUAUGUGCGGGUGGCGAGCUUUUCGAUAGGAUUAUUCAAAUCGGACAUUAUACGGAGAAAAAGGCAUCUGAGCUUACGAGAACGAUUGUUGGUGUUGUGGAAACUUGUCAUUCUUUAGGGGUUAUGCAUCGGGAUUUAAAGCCCGAAAAUUUCUUGCUUGUGGAUAAGAAAGAAGAUGCACUUUUGAAAACUAUCGAUUUUGGAUUAUCCGUUUUCUUUAAGCCAGGUGAAUCGUUUACCGACGUGGUUGGCAGCCCGUAUUACGUUGCACCAGAAGUUUUAAGAAAACGUUACGGUCCUGAAGCAGAUGUUUGGAGUGCAGGAGUUAUUGUUUACAUCUUAUUAAGUGGAGUACCUCCAUUCUGGGCCGAAACGGAGCAAGGAAUAUUUGAACAAGUCCUGCAAGGCGAUCUUGAUUUCACAUCUGAUCCAUGGCCAAGAAUUUCCGAAGGAGCAAAAGAUCUUGUAAGGAGGAUGCUUGUGCGGGACCCGAAAAAAAGAUUAACCGCUCAUGAAGUCUUAUGCCAUCCUUGGGUUCAAGUUGACGGUGUUGCCCCUGACAAGCCUCUUGAUUCCGCAGUUCUAAGUCGAAUGAAACAAUUUUCAGCCAUGAACAAGCUAAAGAAAAUGGCUCUCAGGGUUAUUGCAGAGAGCUUAUCCGAAGAAGAAAUAGCGGGGCUAAAACAAAUGUUUCAAAUGAUCGAUGCGGACAACAGUGGUCAAAUUACUUUCGAGGAACUUAAGGCGGGAUUAAAAAGAGUCGGUGCUAACCUUAAGGAAUCAGAAAUUUAUGAUCUCAUGCAAGCAGCGGAUGUAGAUAAUAGUGGAACAAUUGAUUACGGGGAAUUUGUUGCUGCGACGUUGCAUUUGAAUAAAAUUGAAAAAGAGGAUCAUUUGUUUGCGGCGUUUUCGUACUUUGAUAAAGACGGAAGUGGUUAUAUAACUGCGGAUGAACUUCAACAAGCGUGUGAUGAAUUUGGCAUUAACGCUCCCCUCGAAGAAUUAAUUCAAGAUGUUGACCAAGAUAAUGAUGGACGCAUAGAUUACAAUGAGUUUGUGGCCAUGAUGCAAGGACAUACUGGUACUGGACCAAAAAAGAACAUAGACAAUACUUUCAGUCCAAGGUUCAGAGAAGCAUUUAAGCUUUAAAACCAUCCUUUUUCUUUUUAUUUUCAUGUUUUUUCCUUCAAAUUUUCAUGUAUUAGAACUAUAUUGUGUGAAAAUGAGUAACUUUGGAUUAAAAAAUAUAUAUAACUUUUAAUGGUUUUUUUUUU